CCAAAAUUUCACUCGGUUGGAUACGAGUUUGCGACCAAAAUCAAUCGAGAGAUUGAAAGAAAGAGAUGAGUUAUAAUCACUCACGGAUUAGGGUUCGUGGACAACGAUCAAUUCCGUCGACGUUCAUCAAUCGGACAUCCACUGAUGACCAGUUGAAUGAUGGUCGGGAAAGUUUGGAGAAUGUAAGUGGAAGCAAGAAGCGUGCGAAGAUUUCACUAUCGGAUUUCCUUGAUCGGAAGCUGCAGAAAACUUCUGAUCCAUCCAAAUUAGUCCAGGGUAAAGAGAGACAAUUUCUCUCACCAGGAACCAGUGUGGGUGCUAAGCGGUCCAUUGAUGGAGCAAAUGCAGACGAGAAAACUGAGGGACGAGAGUUGAAUGGUAUCCUUGACAUAGUUCUUGAACAGUUCAAGCACAAUAAGGAGAAUGAAGAUAAUAGUUGCUUCAAUCCAGAAGAUGAGGUUGCAAAUAGUCCUAGCAUGCAUGUGAUCAAAGAAUCCCAAAUUCAGGAUUUGAGUAAAAGAAGAAACGCAUUUGGAGGCUUUCAUGGUAAACAACCUGCUCCAAAGGGUUUGGUUGUUCUGGGAGAUGAUCCAAGGCCGAAGCAAACUACAUAUCCGAAAUCCUUCAUCAAAAACGAGAAACCACUGCCUCUUUAUAAUCACUAUGCAAGUGGCAGUGGUUGGUGGGACAGCGAUAUGGAAGGCAUUGACAAUGAAGAAGUGGGUUUCAAUGAAGUGUGGGAGGGAGUGGGCACGGCCACAUUGGGUGGACUUGAUUGGCAUUAGUUUAACAAUCAGCCCGAAGAAUGGACCAUCAAGUGCACCAACAAGAGUUGGUUCCCAUUCGAUAUAAUAGUGGCCUUAAUCCUGAAAAGGUACACCUUUUAUAUUAAUUAGGUUCAUUUUAACAUUUGCACUAUGAACCAAGUUAUGUUCUAUGAAAAUGUCAAAUUUUCCUGCCCAGCCGAAACAUCAUACAUAUGUGGAAACAAACAUUUUAAGAACAAUCGGUCUA